UGGCGCAAGCCGUGACUUCUUCACUCACAGGUGUUUGUCUUGUACGUGCCGUGUACGGUGUCUUGUGAAUUAUCUCGCUGGUCUAAGCAAGAUUCUAACCGAACUGGAGAUUAACCAUACCAUUUACCAUAUUUCUCUUUUAAUAUUUCCUGAUUCUGUGCCUUCAAUUUUAAACUGGAAUUCAUACAUCUCACACACAGACAUAGAUAUUCGUACACGCACUCAACAUUAUUUUCCCGGCAAACACGGACAAAAAGAUAAUUAAUUUAUUAAUUUCAUUAUACGAAUAAUUUAAUAUUUUUUAAAAAAUUACCCUACAAUUACCUACCUCUGCUGUGUACCCGUAUUAUCCUCGUAUUUAGCCCAUUUUUAUCUGUGAGAACCCAUACGCAAAUUUCUCCACACACAAUUAUCAUAUACCCCCGCACACAAUUUACUUAUUUAAACCAUGGAAUUAAUCAAAGACGUGUUCGAACUGUCUCCCUGUAAAAUAACCAACACUGACGAUUACUUGUACUGCUAUGAUCCGAUCAGUAUCUUAUCCCAAGAUCCCAUCAUUUGGUCGGAAGAAAACCUGCCGAAAUUUAUGUGGAAGCCGGCCGAAUGGCCAGAAAUCGAGAUCCCCGAUUGGGGAAAGAAUAGGAUUACGUGUGAAGACACGGUGCCGGAUGACAACUUUCCUUCUAAAUGCCCUGAGCUGUUGAGCCAGGACGAAUUGUGGUCCCCUCGUACGAGCCCUUUCUCAUCGCCCAAAUCGUCGGGUUCGCCUUCGAUGUCUCCAUCGAGGUUUAGCCACGACGAAGAAUCGAUGAACUUUGCUUCGUUCGUGGUCGCUAAUAGUUAUGGUCACGUCGAGGCCAUGGAUGCAGAGAUACAAGGAGAUGAUGAGGAUGAUGAUGAUGAUGAUGACGAUGGCGAAGUGAAUGUGUGUUCAAGUCCCGCCGUGUCCCGGAAUGUAGUCGAGGACCACCCUUAUCAUCAAACUGAGGAGAAGCAAAGCGGCGCCGGUGCUGCCGGCGGUCGACGUCGGCAACGACAAACCGCCUCCGUUUCCAAAAAGGCCGUUCGUAACAGAAAACGCAAGGGCAAACCGGGUCGGCCCCGAAAGACUGCUAAUGUGAAAAGCAAAAAGGUUAACGAAAAGGAAAGGUUAAUAUCCCCUAAAAUGAUAAAGAAAAGAAAAGCUCGUCAAACAGGGAUUUUACGCCGAGCUACGAAAGUUACUCCAGCUAUCCUUGUUGAGGUGUCCACCUCGAAUUCACCACUAACACCGCCGAUAACACCACCAUCUCCACAAUCUUUAUCAUCGUCAUCGUCGUCAUUUUCAUUGAUAUCUUCAUCGCCAUCGCCUUCAUCCGACAACACCAGCAGUGUGGCGGUGGCUGCGACCACGUUUGGUAGUUCGGGUACGAAGAAUUCUCGCUCCGCAGACGAGAGACUUCUCAGUGAAAAGACUAAGAGGCGCAAGUGUAUGUCUCACAGCGAAAAGGCUGUCCACAAUGAGUUGGAAAGGCGGCGUAGGGCUCAGAUGAGUGAGCUUUUGAGCGAGCUCCGAGUUGUUAUCGAUGCUGUGAAGGAUGACCCGAAGGCAUCUCAGAAAAGGAUAGUGGACGAGGCUCUUCUGUGUAUAGAACGAGCUCUUCGGGAGGAGAAGGAGAUGAAGGCUCGCAUGGAAGUGGUGAAGAAGGAGAACGAUUUCCUGAAGUCUAAGUUACGGGAAUUGUCAUCAGAAUGGCACGACUUGCAUGGAAAUUCCAAAGUUGUGAUUUACAGAGAUACAGAUGAGGAUGAGGAGUGUUCCGUGGUGGAGAUCAUGUGAUGGGGGCGGAGGAGGACUUUAAAUACAAUGUCUUGGAAGUACCCCAGGACUGGGUUGGCUGCUUCCUGCACUGCUGGUCAUUGCUCCCCUUCCUCAAGCCAGGGGGGGGAUGGAUAUGACCCGGAACUGGAAUAUAGCAUCCCCCACCCCGGUGCUGUUGCUUGCUCAGGAUUUUCCUUGUGGUUUCCAUCACCAACAGCCCUGCGGGUGGGAGGGAUUAUGCACACAGCCGCCUCUACUACCCCUAUAUAUUAUAUAUGUAGUAUAUAUAUAUCAUAUAUACACACACACCCUGUAACAUAAACUAAAUACUAGUUUGUAAAUAUAAUAUAUAUAUUUAUAUAUGCAAUGCACACACAUGCACACCCGAUGUUCUGUUUAGGCGGUGGUGGUCAUUAGCAUGGUGAUAACAACGGCGCCGAGUUUUGGCAGGGAAUUUUGCUGGAAGCUUUUUUUUUUUUUUUUUUUUUUUUUUCCUUCCCCCCAACUCUGCUUCUGGUGGUUUUUUGAAGGGCUGUCCGGGUCCAGUGGAACUGUGGUUCGGCCUAGAGCUCUCAGGCCUGUCCCUCUGUCCUUCCUUUGUGGUCGGUCAGAGCAGGGCUGCAACAGUGUUGCGUAGCAGGACUUCAGGCGAGGUGAGCGCGAAUAAAACAUUCGGAGCAGUUGUCAGAUAACUGUGUGUUCUACAGCCGCGGAGACAGAUGCGGUCUCGGUCGGGCAAGGGAACUGAUGAGAUUUCACAUAGGCAAUGUGAUGUUGUGGUGUUGAUGCUAUUAGUAAUAACUACUAAUUAUUUGUUGACAAAAAUAAACUGUUAUUUAUUUCCUAACUCAA